AUGGAGCAAGAGACGCUUUUUCAUGUGGGCGCUGUGAUCAUUGAAGCGGCUGUGCUGCUGAGGCUUAGUCUUUGGCUUUCCUCCUUCGGGUUGCAUGGCCUAAGGUCCUCGGUGGAGAAGCUUCGUGCCUGGUGGGGCCGACGUGCCAAUGUGACGGAGGCCAGACAGAUGGAGCAACAGACAGCUUUGGAGUUGGACGUGUUGCGCUGCAGGGUGACGUGUCAAAUGUGGAACGUGCUUUUGGCCCUGGCACUGCUGCGCUUCGUGAGUGGGCAAGUUCUGGCAGCCUUAAGGCUUCCACGGCUCUUUCCCGAAUUCGAUGUUUCCUUCUUCUUCUUGGCCGUGGUCGGGCUCACCCUGAACUGCAAGCCCUCUUUGAUAACCCCCAAAAGCCUGGAUGCCUGGCACGUGGUGACUCACGUGAUAUGGAAUGCGUCGAUUCUGGUGGCACGGGAGAUCGACGUGCGCGAUGUGAUCCUCUUCACGUUUGCGACGCGUUUUAUGUUUCUGGUCUUGGCCAAGCGCACGUGGUGCUUCCUUCUUUGUGCACUGGUGACCUGUAGCAAUAUGGGCUUCAUGGCACUCAGGCAAGGUGAAGCCAGACUUGCGGAUGGCCAGGACUCAUUGUUUGUGAUUCUCUAUGCCCUUCUCCCCGGCUUGGUGGCUAUCGUGUUUGCCCGCAAAUUACUGGAGGAGAAUGCCACUUUGAAGCUGGACCUCAAGAGUCGGCAAGUGGAGCUUGGGGCUGUCUCGUCCUUGCUGACCGUUUGCUAUGAUGCUGUGGUGGAGGUGGACGACAGCUUGAGCUUGACGGAUGAUUCCCGACAGCUCUCGACCAUGUUGCUGCACAGCGCGCCGAGCGGCAAGGGAUUGGCAGGGAGGUCGUUGCUGGACUUCUUUGCCAAGGAGGACCACACGCGCAUCUCCGAGCAGUUUCAAUCCUCCAUAGCUUCCGAAAGUACCUCAGUCAUGGCCCUCAAUGCAGAUAUGCUGGAUUCGGAUCAGAAUCAUGUGAAAGUUGAACUGUUCCACGCUCAAUUCCAGAAUCUCGCCAACAAGAGAUCCUUCCUGCUCGGAGUGCGGGAGAUCCAGGGUGGCGAGACAGUGGAUCCUAUGACGAAAGCAUCACCAAGUGUGGACUCUUGUCCUGCCAUCGGCACGCCUGGUGCACUCUCGGUCGUUUUUGAUGUACCGAGCUUUGAGAUUUUAGUGCUAAGCGAAGACUUGGAGAUGCUUUGCCAAAGCUGCCUGGGCAAGACCCCAGAGAAUGUCGUGGAGAUCUCCAGCGUUUCAAAGCGUAAGGAAUUUGCUGGUGUGUUGCAGACCAUGACCAACCACUCGUUUCACAGCGCAGACGCAGACGCCGGUCACGCGAAGGAGCAAACAUUUACCUUCAACCUCUUGGGGGCCGGUGAAGUGACUGCCUCCUUUCUGGCAGAGUACGAUAUGCUCUUAGACACGAUGGUGGGCACCGUGAAGAUCCUCUCCGAGGUGAGCGCCCAGCCACUCAAGAACGUGCCCAACAAGAGCAUGAUGAGCCGCACCAGCAGUCGUGGCAGCCGUGCCAGCAGCGGCAGCGCGGAGCGCCCGCGCAAAGCGCCGCUGAUGGCCAAAGUGCCCAAGAAAAAAGUGGAUCACCUGAAGGCUUCUUUGCGCGAUGCGUGCCGGGUGCCGGACUUCUUUUGCUUCGUGGCCUAUUCUGCGGUGUACGCCUUGGAAGUGGUGGAAGAGCUCGACGGCUUGCGUUGUCGGAUGACGAAGCGAGUCUGGGAUUUGGCUCUGGCGAUUUGCACGGUGCGCCUGGUGAAUGGGCAACUUUUGGACUUGUUCGGCUCCAGCCGCCCUGCCCCACAGUUUGACCUCGCAUUCUUCUUCUUGGGCUCCGUAGGGCUCGUGCUGAACUUCAAGCCGGGCCUCAUCUCUCCCAGAACUUUGGAUGCCUGGUACGUGGGCAGCUCGUUGAUUUGGACCUUGACGCUGCUCCCUGCGAGUCGCGUGGAUGUCAGGGAUUUCAUGGUCGUGGUCUUUCCCGGGCGCUUUGUUUUUGGCAUGCUGGCCAAGCGCUGGUGGUGCUUUGCGCUGUGCCACCUGGCGCUUCUCAUACAGACGCUCAGGAUGGGGACGCUGCAAGAGCAAAAUGUGAUGACCGUGAUCACGGAGGCAGGAGUCAUCAAAGUUUCAUCGGUUGAGGUCAUUUUGGCUGUCUACUUUGUGAUGUUUAUUGCAGUGUUCGUGGCCCGAAGGAUGUUGCAGGACAAUGCCAAGUUGAUUCUGGAUUUGAAGGGUCGGACUGUGGAACUCGGCGCGGUCUCGUCCUUGCUGAGCGUUUGCUACGAUGCUGUGGUGGAGGUGGACGACAGCUUGAGUUUGACGGAUGAUUCCCGACAGCUCUCAAACAUGUUACUACAUAGCGUGCCGAGCGGCAAGGGGUUGGCAGGGAGGUCUUUGCUCGACUUUUUUGCCAAGGAGGACCACACGCGCAUCUCCGAGCAGUUUCAAUCCUCCAUAGCUUCCGAAAGUACCGCAGUCAUGGGCCUCAAUGCAGAUAUGCUGGAUUCGGAUCAGAAUCAUGUGAAAGUUGAACUGUUCCAUGCUCAAUUCCAGAAUCUCGCCAACAAGACAUCCUUCCUGGUCGGAGUGCGGGAGAUCCAGGGUGGCGAGACCGCGGAGCCGAUCUCACCUGCAUCGCCCAGUGUGGCCUCGUGCCCCGCCAUCGGUGCACGUGGUGCCUUUUGGGUGGUCUUUGACAUCCCGAGUUUUGACAUUCUCGUGCUGAGCGAAGAUUUAGAAAGGCUUUGCCAGAGCUGUCUGGACAAGACUCCAGAGAGUAUCGUGGACAUCUCCAGUGCAUCAUCUCGCUAUGGCUUUUGUGAUCAGUUGCAGCUUCUGGCAAACAGGUCCUUGAACCUGCCGGAAAGUGAAGAAAGGCAGGAACAGACCUUUACCUUGGACCUACUGGGGAUGGGCGAAGUGAUUGCUUCCUUUCUCACUGAGUAUGAUCCAUUACUUGAGACGACCGUGGGCAUUGUGAACCUUCAGGCAGGGCAGGUCGAGGAGGAAAGCGAGCAUGGGGGACGCGGCGUCUGGUUCGGUCGCCGCGUGUAUGAGGGGAGGAGGCAGGGGCAGGGCGAUGAAGAAAGCAGGGAGGGCGCAGCUAAGUUCCAAGAGUGGUGGUCUUGGUGGAGAGAGCAGCUGGAUCCUCAAGCUGCCGAACAACUGGACCUGUGGCGUUGCAGGAUGACGCGGCGCUUGUGGAACUUGUAUUUGGCCAUUGGGCUGCUACGGAUCAUCGCCGCGCAAGUUCGGGGACUGCAGGGAUUGCCGCGCGUUAUGCCAGAGUAUGACCUGGCCAUUUUCUAUAUGGCACUGGUGGGGCUUCUGGUGAACAGCAAGCCUGGCCUCGUUACGCCCAAAUCAUUGGAUGCCUGGUACGUGGGAACCUGCUUGCUUUGGUACGUGGCCUUGAUUCCUGCCAGGUAUGCGAAUGUGAUGGUUGUGAUGGCCUUUAGCUUUGCGGGUCGGUUCUUGUUUGGUGCGCUGGUGAAACGCGUUUGGUGCUUCCUCCUGUGCACCUUCAUUGGUUUGGUGCAGCUCCUUUGGAUGGCUCGAUUGCAACGUCAGCACCCGACCGACGAGGCUGGGCCCAUCGUCAAUGUUAACAUUGUGCUCCUCAUCACUUACCUCAUGAUGCUGGCUGGUGUGAGUGCCUUCCGGUGGCUACUUCUGGAAAACGCCAAGUUGAAACACGACUUACAGGGUCGGACUGUGGAGCUUGGGGCCAUUUCAUCUUUGUUGGCAGUGUGCUAUGAUGCAGUAGUGGAGGUGGAUGAGACCCUACAACUGAUGGAAGACUCACGUCAACUUUCAAGCAUGUUGCUACAUAGCGGUAGCAAAGGGUUGGCAGGGAGAUCUUUGCUGGACUUUUGCGCGAAGGAGGACCACGCGCGCAUCUCCCAGCUGUUUCAGUCCUCCAUCGCUUCUGAAAGUACCUCAGUCAUGGCCCUCAAUGCAGAUAUGCUCGAUUCGGAUCAGAAUCAUGUGAAAGUUGAAAUGUUCCACGCUCAAUUCCAGAAUCUCGCCAACAAGAGAUCCUUCCUGGUCGGAGUGCGGGAGAUCCAGGCUGGGGAAGCACUCGGCCCCAUGCUGCCAGAGCGCUCUCCCAGUUCUGCUAUGCGGUCAAGUGGUGCAACAUUUGUGGUAUUUGACGUCAUCACCUUUGAUAUUCUGGUUCUCAGCCAUGACUUGAAAGAUCAAUGCCAGAACUGCCUGGGAAGGACUCCGGAGAAUAUCUUGGAGAUUUCCAGUGGGCCGUCGCGGCGGAUGUUUCAAUCGACCUUGCAGUCUGCGACGAACCGAAGUUUGAACCUUCCAGAUACUGGGGAGCAGAAGCUUCUAUUCAGCCUGGUUGGGACGGGUGAAGUGACCGCUUCUUUGGUGGCCGAGUAUGACGCUGUGCUGGACACCCAUGUGGGCACCUUGGACAUCCAGCUACGACGUCCAGGUCGCCUCACAGAGGUGCGUGUGCUACAGCACGAUCAAGCCUCUUCUCGCCGCUCCAGCUCCCGUCGCUCGAGCCGCUCCUCACGGGGUUCGCCGGCGCAUUUGCCGGGGACCAGUGGAUCCAUCGGAGCACUUCAUUCCACGAUGGCCUUGUAG